AUGUGGACUGGAUAUAAGAUCUUAAUCUUUUCCUAUCUUACCAUAGAAAUUUGGAUGGAGAAACAGUAUUUAUCUCAAAGAGAAGGAACUGAUUUCAAUAGGAAUCACACCAUUUUGGAAGGUUCUCGAUUCAAAAGAUCCACUUUCAAAGGACAAUACUGUAGAAAUUUUGGUUGUUGUGAAGACAGAGAUGAUGACUGUGUCACUCAGUUCCAUGAGGCAAAUGCACUGUGUUACUGUGAUAAAUUCUGUGAAAGGGAAAAUUCUGAUUGCUGUCCUGAUUACAAGUCAUUUUGCCAGCAAGAGAAAGAACGGCCUCCUCAUACAAAGCCUUGGUAUCCAGAAGGUUGCCUCAGAGAUGGCCGACCUUAUGAAGAAGGAUCAGUAAUUAAGGAAAACUGCAAUUCUUGCACAUGUUCAGGACAGCAAUGGAAAUGUUCCCAGCUUGUAUGCCUUGUUCAACCAGAACUAAUUGAACAUGUCAAUAAAGGAGACUAUGGUUGGACAGCCCAGAACUACAGCCAAUUCUGGGGAAUGACUUUAGAAGAAGGCUUCAAGCAUCGUCUUGGCACCCUGCCCCCUAGUCCCGUGCUUCUGAGUAUGAAUGAAAUGACAGCCUCUUUACCUGCAACAACUGAUCUUCCAGAGUUUUUUAUCGCUUCUUAUAAAUGGCCUGGAUGGACUCAUGGCCCGUUGGAUCAAAAAAAUUGUGCUGCAUCAUGGGCAUUUUCUACUGCAAGUGUGGCAGCUGAUCGAAUAGCAAUUCAAUCUAAAGGUCUAUACACAGCCAAUCUAUCCCCUCAGAAUUUGAUCUCUUGCUGUGCCAAGAACCGUCACGGAUGCAAUAGUGGAAGCAUCGAUAGGGCUUGGUGGUUCCUGAGAAAACGUGGACUGGUCUCCCAUGCAUGCUAUCCACUUUUCAAGAACCAAAAUGCUACCAACUAUGGUUGUGCCAUGGCAAGUAGGUCUGAUGGGCGGGGAAAACGGCAUGCCACCAAGCCAUGUCCCAACAGCUUCGAGAAAUCAAACAGGAUCUACCAGUGUUCUCCCCCAUACAGAGUCUCAUCCAAUGAAACUGAAAUAAUGAAAGAAAUCAUGCAAAAUGGACCAGUUCAAGCCAUAAUGCAAGUCCAUGAAGAUUUCUUCCAUUAUAAGACAGGGAUAUAUAGACAUAUUCCCAAAAAAACCAAUGAAGAAUCCCUAGGAAAAUAUCGAAAGCUUCAGACACAUGCCGUCAAACUGACUGGAUGGGGCACACUGAAAGGGGCACAAGGACAGAAAGAAAAAUUCUGGAUUGCUGCCAAUUCCUGGGGAAAGUCAUGGGGAGAGAAUGGCUAUUUCAGGAUUCUUCGAGGAGUAAAUGAGUCUGACAUUGAAAAGUUGAUUAUUGCAGCUUGGGGCCAACUGACAAGUUCAGAUGAACCGUAACAUAUCAUAUAAUUUCCAUAAGGCUAUGCACUUAAGUAACCCCUUAAAUUGAAAUUAAGCAAAGUGAGGUUCUCUGUGACAGUGGAAUCUUUGUCUCUUCACAUGGUUAUUAUAACGUGCCUAUUUUCUUGUUUCACCCCAGGCUCCCUGCUUCUGCUUCCUUUAUAUCACAAAGUAUAUAAAAACACUAAUAGAGGACAGCAGAGAAGCUAAAUGACUUUCAGGUUCUCUGGUUGUCUUUUUUCUCUCAUGAUAGUGUUCUUUUCGACUUUGAGAGUUCACAAAAGUGUAACAGUGCUUGUCUUAAAAGUUCAUGACCUUCCUUUGUAGAAAUGAAAUAGCUUCUGUCUUUAACAAAUGAGGAUUUCAGACCAAAAAAAAAAAAAAAAC